AUGACUGUGGGCGUGAUUUUGACGUCGUGUAUCUCCCAGGUGAAGAUCCCGUUUGAUGGGUUCUGCCCCGCGAGGGAGUGCCAAAUUCUUAUUGGAAGUGGAUGCAUCUUAAUCAAUGGCGAGAUCAUUGUAACUCCAAUCUUCAGUCGUGGAGUACACCACUGUGAAGUAAUAGUGUACCGCCACACAGUGACCCGCCCCGGUUACUGUCCCUUUUGCUUAUGGAACAAAAACCUCGCUGCGGAAGACCGAUUAUACCAGUGGCUCAGAAGCAACAAUCUGAAGAAACACAUUGAAGAUGAGCAUAUGCUGGGAGAGCAGAAACAUGGCGCGAGGCCACGCGGUCUUCGGCAUCAUCUGCAUGAUACACACAGGCUGAACAAAGCUAUAUGGUUUAAAUCUAAGACCUCCGAGGAAACGAAAACAUACCUCAAAGCCAGAAUAUCGAGUUCAAUCUCAGAAAUUGAGGAGAAGACCUUGAAGAAAUUCUGCUUCUAUCGUUAUCCUCCCCCACGACACGAAUAUAAAAGAGCUUCUUUUUGCCCACCUUAA